AAAAUAAAAAUUACUUUUGAAAAUAGUUUAAAUUAUAACAUAAUACAUAGAAAUAAGAAUAAAAAAAUAAGAUCAUAAGAAUACCAUUUUUUUUAACAAUGACCGACGAGUAUUCUGCGGUUAAACGUGGUAAAUUAGUUUUAAAAGGAGAUAAACCAAAAGCAAAGAAACGUAAACACAAAAAUAAGGAUAAAAGUGAAGAUUCAAAAAUAGAUGAAGACUGUGUGAAACAUGGUAAUUGGUGGAAAGUGGACAAAAUAGAGGACGUAACUGGACCUAUAUCAAUAGAAUUUGGAAAGAACUCGUAUAUAUCAGCUCUAGAUAAUGGUUUAUUUACAUUAGGCGCUCCACAUAAUGAAGGGGAGGGUCCAUCCCCUGAGGAAAUUUUUACAGCAUUUCCAGCUGGUGAUAAUAAAUUUGCACUGAAAUCUGGUUAUGGGAAAUAUGUGGGGGUGUCCAAGAACUGUGUGGUCACUGGAAGGUCUGAUGCUGUUGGCCCCAUGGAACAGUGGGAACCAGUAUGGCAAGAUGGUAAAACAGCAAUAUUGAGUUCAAUAAACAAAUUCAUGUCUGUAAACCCUGAAGACGAUUCAGUAGUCACCAACAGUACCACAGCCGGGGAACAUGAGUUUUGUAAUAUUCGCUCCAAUCGAAGUAGGGAGGUGAAGAAAGUUGUUGUCCCUGAGGAGGAAGGUGACUUGGCUGAAGUUGAAGUUAAUUAUGUUAAGAAGUUUCAAAAAUUUCAAGACAAGAAAUUACGUGUAAAUGAAUCUGGUGUUAUUGAGUUGAAGAGAGCUAAAGUGGAUGGUAAUUUACAUGAAACAUUAUUAGAUCGACGAAGUAAAAUGAAAGCCGACAGAUAUUGUAAAUAAUAAUUAUUUAUAUGUUUAGUGCAACAAAUAUAAAUAUAUUUAAAUCAUUGAUUUAA